UCGUCCGAGUCAAGACUCUACACCUUCAGCGAGGAAACGAAACAGAAGCUGCGGAAGUUCCGCCUGGGCACAUCGCGUGCCAAAGACCCCCAGGCCGUCAUCUACGCAAUCGACAAGAAGACGCUUGAGGUCAAGCAGGAUGAUGACGAGGUAUACUCGGAUCUGCAGAGCUUGGGCGACGAACUGCCAGACCAUGCGCCCAGAUUCGUACUCUUGAGCUAUCCCAUAACCCUCGACUCCGGCCGAUUGUCGGUACCGUACGUCAUGCUAUACUACCUCCCAGUAACCUGCAACAACGAAGUAAAGAUGCUUUACGCGGGCGCGAAGGAAUUGAUGCGGAAUACGGCAGAGGUUGGCAGGAUAAUUGAGAUCGACUCUGCGGAGGAUCUGGAAGAGAUCGAGGCCAAGCUCAAGGAACACUCAUGA